AAUGGGAAAUUAAUGUAACCAUGCUGAAAUCAAUGAUAAUGAGUUCAAAUCUGUAGAAAUUGAAGAUGAAUCUGAUUCAUUUUAAGUCUACAAAUUUGAUCCCAAAAUCCAUUUUCUUAAUACCUCUGAUUUAGGAAAGUUUUAAUCUCUUGAAUCACUAAACAGUACAAAAUCACAAUUUCAUGACAGAGUCAAAAAAGUCCCUUUCAAUCUUAAAUUACAUCGUAAAAGAACAUUGCAUUACGAAAGUAUUCAUGAUUCUUAAGUUUAAUCACCAACAACUUAAGUCUCUGACUAUUUUGAAUACCCAAACGGUGUUUAUCAAGGUUAAUUAAUUGAUGGAAAAAGAGAAGGAUAAGGUUAGUUUUUUUAUCAUGAUGGAUCAUAUUUCAAAGGGACUUGGAAAAACGAUAUGGCAAACGGUUUAGGAAAAAUUAAGUUUUAGGAAGGAGAAUAAUAUGAAGGAGAGUUCAAAAAUGAUUAACAACAUGGGUUUGGUAAAUACAUAUCAAAUUAAUUGAAAUAUGAAGGAUAAUGGAAGGAAAAUUUACCUUCUGGACAUGGAAUUGAGAUUUAUAACAAAUAUUAUAUAUAUGAAGGAGAAUUUUUGAAUGGAAUGAAGCAUGGAAAAGGGAAAAUUCAAUGGUAUAAAGAUGAUUCAUAGUAUGAGGGAGAGUUUUCUGACAAUCAAAUUAAUGGAUAAGGUACUUAUUAUUUUGGAGAUGGUGAGAUUUAUGAAGGUGAAUUUAAAGAUGGUAAUAUGCAUGGAUAUGGAAGAUUUCUAUGGCCAAAUGGGAAAAAAUAUGAAGGAAAUUAUCAUAUGGGAAGAAAGUAAGGAUUUGGAAAAUUCACUUCUAAAGAUAAAGUAUAUACAGGAGAAUGGUAUGAUGGAAUGUAUCAUGGGUAUGGAAAAUUAUAAAAUAAAGAUAAAGUGAUAGAGGGAUAUUGGGAAAAAGGUGUUUUUAUAAAAUGA